UCCUUCCCUCUCCUAAAAAUAUCAUUAUUCCAAUUUACAGCUUUGCCAUUCUUCAAUAUAAUCAAUUAUUUCUCUCUCAAUCUUCAUUUCGCUCUCUCUCGAAGCAAAAUCGGAAAAUGGGGCAGAUUCAAUACUCCGAGAAAUACUUUGAUGAUACUUAUGAGUACAGGCAUGUUGUUCUCCCCCCUGAAGUGGCCAAACUUCUCCCCAAGAAUCGCCUACUCUCUGAAAAUGAAUGGCGUGCAAUUGGAGUACAGCAGAGUCGUGGUUGGGUCCAUUAUGCAAUCCAUCGCCCCGAACCACACAUCAUGCUCUUCAGGAGGCCUCUCAACUAUCAGCAGCAGCAGGAGAAUCAGGCCCAACAAAGUAUGCUUGCUAAGUAAUUACAUUAGUAUUUAGCAUCCAAAACAAGAAGGGUGAAACCAAAGCUACUUUGUUAGUGUUUAUCCUCUUCCUAAACAGUUUGGGUGUUGUGGAUUCCUGGAUUGUUUUGUAUUUUAGUUCUCCACUUUGGAGAAUUCCAUGUCAGGAUUGCUUUCUUACUUUCUUUAUCUGACUACCUAGUGUCAUUGGUACUCCGCAUCUUAAAUUGUUUAAAUAGCAUGGAUGAAUAAUUUUUUCUUAAACCUUAAUUAGAUCAUCUUAAUUUA